GGUAGAGCGGAGACUAGCAAAUGGGCGCAUGAAGAAAGAGAGACAGCAGAGAAAUGGACUGCUAUUUGCGUCGCCUCAAACAGGAGCUGAUGUCCAUGAAGGAGGUGGGUGAUGGCUUGCAGGACCAGAUGAACUGCAUGAUGGGUGCACUUCAAGAACUGAAGCUCCUGCAGGUGCAGACGGCAUUGGAACAGCUGGAGAUCUCUGGAGGGAGUCCUGCCCCCAGCUGCCCUGAAAGUCCACAGAUACAGCCUGGGCACCCUUGCUGGGAGGGUGGCAGCCACCCUGCCAGGCCUACAGCCUGUUCCUCCUCCAGCAAUCCUUCUUUUGGCAGCAGCACCAAGUUUCCAUGCCAUAGGAGUGACUGUGCCAAUGAUCAUGGCCCCCUGCCCAGGACACAGCUGCCUGAGCACCAAAGCUGUGCCCAGCAGGGGUCAGAGAAAGUAGAACCUGAUGACUGGACCUCCACAUUGAUGUCUCGGGGCAGGAAUCGGCAGCCUCUGGUAUUAGGGGACAAUGUCUUUGCAGACCUGGUGGGCAACUGGCUAGACUUGCCAGAAGUGGAGAAAAGUGGGGAGAAGGGUGAGACUGGGGGAGCAGGUGAGGCCAAAGCAGCGAGAGGCCAGUCCCGGGAGCUGGGCCGCAAGUUUGCCCUAACAGCCAACAUCUUUAGGAAGUUCUUACGUAGUGUGAGGCCUGAUCGUGACCGCCUGCUCAAGGAGAAGCCAGGUUGGGUGACACCCAUGGUCUCCGAGCCCCGAGCUGGACGCUCCCAGAAAGUCAAGAAGCGGAACCAUUCCAAGGGUUCCGGAUGGUUCCCCUUCCCAAGCACUGGGGAGCCCAGACGAGGGGACACCCCUUCAAGUAGCUCCAAGGCCAUGGAACCCUCACCAGCAGGCUUUGACAUUAACACAGCUGUUUGGGUCUAA